CCGACUAGCUUCAGUUCGUAGGGAAGCUGCAGUCUGAGAAGGAAACUGCAUCUUCAGACUUCUGCUCACCCACGAGAGGAGCUAGGGUCACCGGACGCCUAAGACCCUUUUUCACAGCGUUCCGACUCGCCGGGACACUCCUCACCAGUUUCCUCAGCCACAGCCCUACCUGUGAGCUCCGGACUUUUCGGGCUUCCAGUGGAUGCUCAGGCAGACUGCAGAGACCUAGGACAGCAGUGAGCGGGACACCCAUCUCCUCUCCUCUGGUAUCAGCGUCUCCCCCAAGGGGGACGAGCAUGGUGAUUGUGCCUUGAAGGACCUUGGCUCUGGAUGUCUGAGAAGAUGCUGGCCAUGAAGCUAUUCACUUGCUUCUUGCAGGUUCUAGCUGGGUUGGCUGUGCAUUCCCAGGGGGCCCUGUCUGCUGGGAACAACUCAACAGAAAUGGAAGUGGUGCCUUUCAAUGAAGUGUGGGGCCGCAGCUACUGCCGGCCAAUGCAGAAGCUGGUGUACAUUGUGGAUGAAUACCCUGAUGAGGUGUCUCACAUAUUCAGUCCAUCAUGUGUCCUUCUGAGUCGCUGUAGUGGCUGCUGUGGUGACGAGGGUCUGCACUGUGUGUCACUAAAGACGGCCAACAUCACUAUGCAGAUCUUGAAGAUCCCCCCCAAUCGGGGGUCACAUUCCUAUGUGGAGAUGACAUUUUCUCAGGAUGUGCUCUGCGAAUGCAGACCUAUUCUGGAGACGACAAAGGCAGAAAGGAGGAAAACCAAGGGGAAGAGGAAGAGAAGCAGAAACUCACAGACUGAGGAACUCCACCUGUGAUGCUGUUUCCCGGAGGUAACCAGCCACUCAGAGGAGAGACCCACACCCGGCUCAUAUAUUUAUUACCGUCACCCUCUCAGAACCCUCCCUGCUGGUACCUACCCUCUAUUUAUUAGCCAACUCGUCCCUGCUGAAUGACUUGCUCCCUCCAAGAAAAGGGGCAUGGAAGGACAAGACCCUCAGGAAUUCAGUGCCUUAAAACAAAACGUGAGAGAAAGAAAGAAGCCAACCACAGAUCCGUGGGAGCUUCGGCUUGGGAAGAAGCAAGAUGUGGACAUGGCCUUACAAGGGGCAAGCCAUGCUCCAGAGGCCCUGGGUCUCCAGGGAACUGGAGGAAAGAAGAGGAGGCCUAGAACCUGCCCUGGUCCACAGCUCCACCCAGACAGCAGUUCUAGCCCUGGCUGCAUUGAAGGCAUGUAAAAGGGACCCAGUCUGCUGUAUCCUGGAGAUCAGGACAGGACAUUCGGCUCUGGAGAACAGAGUUUGCCUGUGGGCUUUGCCUUUCAGCCUAGAAGUUCAUGCUUCACCCUUUGCAAAGCACCACCACCCUGUCCCCUCUCUGGGACACAGGCAGAGUGGCCUGAGACUGAACAGAGGGCAGGCUGAAUAAGUACUAGCCCAUGGACUUUGACCACUGCAAGUCGGCCAUGUGUCCUAGUGGUACAGCUACAGAAAGAAAUCGAGCCGAUUCCUGGAAGGCCCUUGCAGCCCACCAGUUGUCUCUGCCAGGACUGUCUAACUGCCAAGCCAGAUUCUCUUGAAUAAAGCAUUCUAGUCUGGAA